UUCAUAAUUUGAUGCUUUUCCACUAUUUUAGGAUCCCUAAUACAUUUCAAGGCACCUUGAUCUGAAGCUCUGUUAAAUCACAUGACCUAAGUAACUACUCCACCCACAAAAUAUAUCAUUGGCCAGUAUCAUCUGAUGUUACAUUUGGCAUCUUGACACUUUUUUUAUAACUGAGAACUCUAGACUUCCAAACAUUCUGGAUGGGGUCGUUACUAGCUGUUUCCAUGGUUGGAUUUGAAAGCUUCAGCAAUGGCCAAUAAGAUGCCAGUGACUAAACUGGUAGCACUUGGUCUGUUGCUUCUGCUAUGCUUCUCAGUAGUUUUCUGCAAUGCAUUGGACAAUAGGUGCUGGACACUGGGUGAUUUUAAUUCACCAGUACUGGAACAGGAUGGUGAUAUUGUAAUUGGGGGGCUGUUUCCCAUGCACUAUAUAGCACUGGAAACUGACCAUAAUUACUCUGAACGGCCACAGCAUCAAGAGUGCAGUGGGUUUGAUUUUCGUGCAUUCCGAUGGGUCCAAACAAUGGUGUUUGCCAUUGAAGAAAUUAACAGUAACUCCAGUUUAUUACCAGGAGUGACACUAGGUUAUCGGAUCUUGGAUAGCUGUGAUCAUGUGCACACCAGUCUGCGAAGCAUGCUUUUCCUAGUGAAUGGCACUUCCAGUCAAACACAGGCUAAUGCUGAUGGUAGUGCCAAAUGCCUUUCCUCUGCCCCAGUGCCAGCUGUCAUCGGUCUGGCAUCAUCAUCGCCCACACGGGCUGUGGCACAAACUUUGGGUCCAUUCGGAAUUCCACUGAUAAGCUACUUUGCGACCUGCACCUGUCUCACAGAUAAGAAGGAAUACCCUUCUUUCCUGCGUACUGUGCCCAGUGAUGUAUUUCAGGUGCAGGGACUGGUCCAGUUGGUUUCCCACUUUGGCUGGCGCUGGGUGGGUACAGUGGGCACAGACGAUGACUAUAGUCACUAUGGCAUCCAGGCCUUUACCGAGCAGCUUGAAAUACUUGGUGGCUGUAUAGCCUUUCACCACUCUAUACCCAAAGCACCUUCCCAGGCACAAAUACAUGCAAUUCUUAAUAGCCUGGAGGGUUCCACUGCACAAGUGAUUAUAGCAUUUGCCACUGAAGGACAGCUGCUGGAGCUCUUGGUUGAAGCAGCACAUAGGAAUCUAACAAGGAUGCAAUGGGUGGCCAGUGAAGCCUGGGUGACAGCCAAACUUCUUACCAUCCCUGAGCUUCACCCUGUCCUGGAUGGAACAUUGGGAUUUGCCUUUAGGGGCACCACUAUUCCAGGCUUGGCUGAGUUUCUACUCAGGGUUAGACCCUCACCUAAACCUGAAUCUGUUUUCACCAACAUGUUUUGGGAGGAACUAAAUGCCACAAUCAAUAUUCUGAAUAAAGAAAUCAAGUAUUCCAAAACAGAUUUUUCCAGAGAGUUGUGUAAUAAUAUCAUACACAUUUUGGAAAUCUGGUUGACCCCAAGUGUCUGUUUCUGUCUACUAGGUGCUACUGAGUGUAUCAAGUGUCCCCAGUACUACUGGCCAAACAACGAAAGGGUUUCUUGUGUUGCUGGCAUAGAGGAGUUCCUCUCAUACCAUGAAAUCAUGGGAAUCAUUCUCAUAUCUUUGUCUCUCUUUGGAGUCGCUGUGGCAACUGUUAUCACAUGGAUUUUCUUCCUUUUUAGAAGCACACCCAUAGUUAAGGCCAACAACUCUGAGAUGAGUUUUCUACUGCUGUUGUCUCUCAAACUUUGCUUCCUUUGCUCACUGGUGUUUGUGGGCCGGCCCUCACCAUGGACAUGCCGUGCCCGACAAGCUGCAUUUGGGAUCAGCUUUGUUCUAUGUAUCUCAUGCAUACUGGUCAAGACCAUUGUGGUGCUUUUGGCCUUUCGUUCCACUAUGCCUGGUUCCAUUUCUCUAAAGCUAUUUGGCCCUCCACAGCAAAGGGUUUUCAUUUUCUGCUGCACAACAGGCCAAGUUAUCUUGUGUGCUUGCUGGCUGGUACUAGCACCUCCUUACCCCUACAAAAACACGUCCUAUCAGGGUGGUAAGAUUGUACUAGAAUGUAAAGAUGUGUGGCCGCUAGGAUUUUACCUGGUACUGGGCUAUAUUGGAUUACUCUCUUGUAUGUGUUUCGCCCUUUCCUUCCUUGGAAGGAAACUUCCAGAUACAUUUAAUGAAGCUAAGCUCAUUACAUUUAGUAUGCUUAUAUUUUUUGCUGUGUGGAUCUCAUUUAUACCAGCAUACAACAGCUCACCAGGGAAAUACACAGUGGCAGUUGAGAUAUUUGCCAUUCUUGCUUCCACUUUUGGACUUCUGUUUUGUAUUUUCGUACCUAAAUGUUAUGUAAUUCUGUUAAGGCCUGAUUUAAAUACUAAGAAGGGAAUGACUGGAAAAAUGUCAAAAUGAAAUGUUUUUAACUUACAUGAUAGUGACCCUGUCUAUGUGGUCAAUAUUUCAUUCCUGUGCAUCAUACUGUUUGAUUAUGAUUGUUAUAUUGUUUGUAAAUUUAUAGAAGCCACUACUACUGUUUACCAAACUCAUUUUGGUAAAAAAUUCUGUAUUUUAUUGCUGUGUGUAACCAUACUUAACACUUGAUAACCAUGUCGACAUAAAUAAUUAAAAAGCCUUUUAUUGCCCAAAUAACCAUGUUGACAUAUGUGCAAACAUAAUUGAAAAC